AUGCGGACAGGCCGGGAUAAUCGUACUGGUUUGGUGGAUAUGAUGAGGGGAGAAGAGUUAGCAUUUGCGUUUUCUCCUACCAUGGUGGAAGUGACUGUGAGGGAGUUCGACCCAAAUAAGGACAGCGAAGGAGUGGAAGCCGUUGAAAGAAUAUGUGAGGUUGGACCCAGUGGAAAGCUUUCCCUCUUCACCGACCUCCAUGGUGACCCUAUUUGCAGGGUCCGCAACUCACCUACUUUCCUCAUGCUGGUUGCCGAAAUUGGGCAAGAGACAGUGGGAAUGAUAAGAGGUUGCAUAAAAACCGUUACAUGCGGAAAGAAGCUCCACAGGCAUGGUUCCAAGCAAGUCCCUAUUUACACCAAACUGGCCUACAUAUUAGGCCUCCGCGUAUCUCCACACCACAGGAGAAUGGGAAUAGGGUUGAAGCUGGUGCAGAGAGUGGAGGAGUGGUUCAGAGAGAAUGGAGCGGAGUACGCGUACAUGGCAACGGAAAAGGACAACGUGGCAUCAGUUAAGCUCUUCACCGACAAAUGCGGCUACUCAAAGUUUCGUACCCCGUCCAUCCUCGUUAACCCCGUUUUUGGUCACCCACUCAGGACCUCCUCCAAAGUCACCAUCAUACGACUUGCCCCAAACGACGCCGAAUUGCUCUACCGCACCAAGUUCGCCACCACCGAGUUCUUCCCGCGCGACGUCGACUCCGUCCUCAACAACAACCUUUCUCUCGGCACCUUCCUCGCCGUUCCCCGCGGCUCAUACCGCCCUGACACGUGGCCCGGUGCGCCCCACUUUCUCGCGGACCCACCCUCCUCCUGGGCCCUCCUCAGCGUGUGGAACUGCAAGGAUGUGUUCACGCUCCAGGUGAGGGGCGCGUCGCGCGUGAAGAAGACGCUCGCCAAGACCACUCGGCUCCUCGACCGCGCCCUCCCCUGGCUGCGCUUGCCCUCCAUCCCCAACUUAUUCCAGCCGUUUGGGUUUCACUUUUUGUACGGGCUCGGAGGGGAGGGCCCACAGGCCCAGAAGAUGGUGCGUGCUUUGUGCGCCUUCGCUCAUAACCUCGCCAAGGAUCGUGGCUGCCAGGUGGUGGCUACUGAAGUUUCCAGCCAGGAACCCCUACGCUGCGCCAUCCCGCACUGGAAGAUACUCUCCUGCGAAGAGGAUCUGUGGUGCAUGAAGAGACUCGGGGAAGAUUACAGUGAUGGUUCUGUUGGUGAUUGGACCAAAUCUCCUCCCGGAUUCUCAAUUUUUGUUGAUCCCAGAGAGUUCUAA